CCUAAAUUCAUUCCCGCAGUACAAUACCGAUUCAGGCUAUCAUGGCAUGGCCGAUGACCAAGACAUGGAUGAAGAGGAGGAUGACGAUGUUGUCUUGACACAAGUCCAGCCUGAAUCCCAGUCGUCGACGCAGCCAAUGGAUACCGAGCCGACCGGAGCGAAAGAACAGACUAAGCUAUUAUCAGAUGAUCGCCGCACGACAGCCAGCUCGUUCCACUCCGCCCAAGAGAAUGUGCGCCAGCGAGGCGAGACCGUCGAACCUAUGCAAGCUGAACCGACCCCGAAACGAAACGCGCCCUCCCCGAUGAAGACCCCAGUAGAGUUGAGAAAACCAGAGCCCACUGCUGCACCGCUGCCUAAGCUUGAGGAUAAACCAGAAAUGGAAGCUGCACAAGAGGCCCACGACGCGCCUAUGCCCGAGCCUAAACUGCAGGCUGAACCCGAGCCUGAGCCCCAGCAUGGAAUUGAAACUGGAUUUGAUGCGGAACCUGAGGUUGAGCUCGAGGCUGGGCCUGAGGCUGAGCCUGAGGUUGAGCGUGAGGAGCGUGAGAAACCCGGGGCUGAGCUACACCAGCAAAUCGAGCCUCAACAAGCGCCAGAACCCGAGAGCAAGCCCGAAAAACAGGAAGAACCCGAGCAAGAGACAGUGCCAGAGCUUAGCCAUCAGCCGGCGUCGGAGCCGGAUGCAGAGAAAGAGCCUGCCGAAGCCGUACAGCCAAACUCACCUGCCAAGUCUCCCACCGCACCUGCCGCGGAGCUUGCACCGGAAGGGAAGGAGGAUAACAAGGAUGAAAUGGUACUUGAUAUUGAUGAUAUCGGCUCUCCCUCGGAUGUCUCUCCUCCGGCACGCCCCCCAAUUCGCAAGAGCAGCCUUUCUUUCGCGUCACUGCCUGCACGCGAGCCACUGACCAAGAAGAGUCUGGGUGGUUCGAGACUGUCUCGUACAAGUCAUUUGGAAAUGCCCAAACUUAGUAAUGCAGGAGGCUAUCUCGGUAGGCAGACUGGGGGACACAGAACUACGCAGCCUGCCAUUGGUGACGAUACGACUCACAACGACAAAAUGGAUAUUGACGACAGCAAGAAUCUGACUGACGACGGAGAAUCGGAUGUCGAUACGAAGGCUAGCAAGCUCCAUACUAAGUCUUCAACUCAAAGGUUGCAUGAGAAGAUUAGCAUGCUCGGCAAACUCCAGCCAUCGCGACCAACCAAGUCCAUUCCAGCAGUCUCGCGCAUAUCGGCAGCGCAGGUCACCUACCCUGAAUUGCCCAUUUCGAAGCCUGAGACCAGGCCAGAAGUUCCUAACCCCAAGCCCCGUGAUCCGCCCGCCGCAGAGCCUAUGCAGAUCGAUGAUGACUGGAUCAAACCCAUGAACUCGCCUUAUCGCUCAAACAGCCAGGCAGACCAGAAAGCCGACAGCAAAGAAAACAAACCUUCCGCCGCUAGAGUUCCGCGGGCUGCUGAGGAAGAUCGCCCUUCGGUUGCUUUGGACAAUGCAGCAAGUGCGACGGGAACAAUCAAGGCUGCCCCGAAACGCGCCUCGGACGUAGGUCGCGGAAAGUCGUCAACGCCUAUCUAUUCCUCUCCACAGCGGCCUGGCCAUCACAAGAGCGCGUCCGCUCACAUUGACUCCCAAUUGUCGACGACGCCUGUGGGUUCUCCUGCGCCAGAACGUUGGGAUGGGCCGUUGAGUGCGUCAAAGUCAAGACUCCAAUCGAUCGUGCAAUCGGCCAAGGGUCUGUUCACGAAUACUGGAGGCAUAUCGGCUGCAGCCCGGAAAGAAGCGUCCUCACCAGAACAACCAAGACUGCGACCAAGCGGCCGGCCGAUCAGCGAGCUCAGGGAUAAUACGCAGCGACCACAGUCUGCCCAGCUUCUGAGCCCGCCACGACAAGAAGGUCGUAGGACACGCAGCUCUACCGAGAGAGAAGAGAAGCGUAGGCAGAAAGAACUUGAGGAACGUCAAAGAGAGGAGGAGCUGGCCGAGAAAGCUCGGCAACAAGAGAAACAGAGAGCGAUGCAACUCAGGUCUGCGCAGGAAAGGUAUACUGCUAACAGCGAGUCUCGUGCAACUUCCGAGGCCCCUACAGCACCAGCACCUCAGAGAUUGCCCCAACUGCAAAAAUCAUCCAAGGAACCAGAAUCUGUCGUUGAGGCCGGAUCCAAGAUCACCGUCCCGACGUCUAUCCCUCAGCAACAGCAGACAAAGGGCCGUCCCGUCAAACCAACCCGCGAAACCCUUCAGAAGCCCAGGCCUCAACCUGUGUCGAUUCGUGUGGGAAGUGCUCUUUCUCGACCCAUGACGCUGGCAUCUUCUACCAUGUCUUCUGGGAUGCGGGAAUCCAGUGUCCCAGCCCCGACACCAGCUUCCGCAGUCAAACAACCUACUCUGAAGAAGAAGGCUAGCAACUCCUCCCUACAUACUGCUUCGUCCAACAGCAGCUUUAAGAGCUCUAUGUCCACUCAGUCGCAACGCAAGGCUCAGCUUGCAAGCGAGAAGAAGCGCGAGCAAGAGGAACGCGAGGCCAGGCGUCGGGAGGAGCAGCGCCGUGAACUCGAACGGAAGCGAGCAGCCCAGCAACAAGAAGAAGCCCGUCGCCAGGAUAUGCGCAGUCGGGCAGAGGAGCGGCGCGAGCGCCUCGUUGCUGAAGAUCCAAAGAAAGCCGCACAGAUCCAGGCAAUCGAGAAGCGGAGGCUUGAAAACCAACGGAGGCUCGAGAGACAGGGAAGCCAACAGCCCGACACCAAUCCUCCAGAAAGGCCAGCCUCCCAAGCCGCUCAGCGGAGUGAGUUGGGAACCAUUCGACCGGCUUCUCGCCUUGGAUCUAUUCAACCUUUCCACCGGUCCAUUAACCAACCUCAACCCAACCCGGCCAAACCUCCCAAGAGAGGUCUGGAUGAGGAGGCCAACCAGCGGCCUACGGCGCUGAAGACGGGCACGAUGCAGCCAGCCGGGGAGUCCAAACGUAGACGGACAGAAGACGAACAGAACCGCAUGUCCUCUAUGCGCCCUACGAUGGCCCCGCCGAUCCGCCAGUCCAACAUCCGCAAGGAGCCUAAGAAACCUUCCUUCUACAGCCAUGCGCAGCCACCACCCUCAAUCCUCAAGACCGGACAAACGCAGAGACCCGCGCACCCGAUGGAUAUGUCCAAGUACGCGAGCGGCAAGAUUCCCUUCGCCGAACCACCCAUUGCCCCACCAGCUGCGCACCGGACGCCAGCGGCCAGCUCCUCGCAGAAGCACCAGGUCAAGGAGUCGCCCAGCUACCCGAACGGCGAGAACAUCAACCUGCCUGAGAUCGCGACGGACAGCGAAGACGAGGACUCGGAGGCCGAGAUGCUUCCUGUCCCCAAGUGGGCCCAGCCGAAAGAGCUGGAGUCCCUGCUGCGCCAACAGGAAGGCAUGGAAGCGGAUUCGAUCUUCGGACCCAUUGCCCCUUUCUCCCUGGAGGAGACGUUCAAGGGCGACAAGAAAAUCAAGAAAUUCCGCGAGCGCACCAGCAGUGCUCACUGGUCUGGUCCGGACGGCCUGACGCAGGACGAAAUCAGACGCGACCUGGCUGAGCGUCAACGCUUGCGGCUCAAUGGUGGCUGGACCUAUAAUUAAUCUGCCAGUCUUUUGCUGGCUCGCCUUUGUGUGGGGCUUUUCUUUUCUCUCUCUAUCUCUCAAUGACCACGGGGCUUCAUGGUUUUGUUUUUCUUUUCUUCUUCGGGAUUAAUGGGAUGAACUCUGCAGCUGAAUUCUGCGAGUAACGGCUGGUGGGCAUGACUGGUCUGGCGUUUGAUCAUAUUCCGACUU